ACUUUACGAAGGUACCAGAUGGUCUGUGGAUGUGCAUCAUAGGUAGUUUGUGUGUUUAUAUUAUAUUUAAAGGCAUUAAAAGGUUAUAAAUGGUAGGUUAACGUCACUUAGAUCGUCGGGUUUAAGAAGUUUAAACUUUUAGUUUCCCAUAAAAGCGUUCGUUACCAGUCCGUGCGUAAAGUUGCCCGGAGGCUGGAGUAAGCCGCUUUUCGUGAUGUAAACCACUUGAACACUUGUCGAUAGAUAUUCCCCUCGGUAUCGCUGGUUGUCUGCGCUGCUUUGACCCGCUGAAAUGUCCGGAGAGCGGAUAGCAUUGCCCGCCUGUAGCCGCACCAGGUCGUACGGGAGCCUGGUUCGGUCUCCGCUGACUCCGGCGGACCAGAGGCGGGUCGAGCACACCCUGCAGCCCGGGGAGACGCUGCAAGGCCUGGCGCUCAAGUACGGAGUGACGAUGGAGCAGAUUAAGCGAGCUAACAGACUCUACACUAGCGACUCCAUUUUCCUGAAGAAGUCCCUGUCCAUCCCCGUCAUGGCCGACCUGGACGGCUGCGUGGUCUCAGCCGAGGAGGACGGGCCUACACAGGGGACGGAACAGCUGCAAGAAGAUGGCAGAGAUAUCACCGAGCUCACGCCAAACGACUUUCUCAAACGGUUAGAUGGUUUGAUUAGUCAGUCCAAACAUGCAGCCGUCAAAGGAUGCCAGGAUGCAGAGAAGAGGAUUUCAGCGUUCGAAGCCGCUUGCAGUAGCCACACUUCUUUCAAAAGGUCUCAAAGUGUCAUUUUAGCUCCAAAACAGAAUGCACCAGUGACUGUCCCCCACGCCAUCACCAGACUGACCAGAAGGCUGAAGGAGAGGGAGGACGAGAUUUUUGAACUUUGAAAAUCAUCAUCACAAAGACUUAAAAUGGUUUGAAUAGUAACACUGCAUUGCAAACUCACAAUAGGACUUUUUAGUAAAGCAAUUGUGCAUAGUGGUUUUGCAUUGGUUCACUCAGGGACAUGAAAACAUGGAUGAACACUAACACAACAGACUUUUUUUUGUCUAAUAUAUAUAUUUUUGGAUUUCAUUUUUUAAAGAACAGUUAUGUUAAAAGGUAGGAUUUUUUUUACAUUUUAUUUAUUGAAGGUUACUGAAUUGAGUAAAGAGUAAUUUUGUAUUAGCUUGAAUGGUGAACAGGAGGAUAAUUCAAAUAAAAUGCAAAGGACACUUAUCUACUAUCUAAAAAAUAAAUAAAUAAAUAAUACAAUAAGAAAAUACAACAAAUCUAACCCACAACAAUAAUUACUGUCAAAUUGUUUCUCAGAUGAAAUUGAAUUAAUUAAAUUAUUUUUCUACUAUCUCCUGACAUCACACUGUAGCGGCUAGUAUCCCCCUGGUAACCACAAGAGCUUUACUUCUUGAUGUCCUUUUGCACGACCUGCUGAUAAAUACAUGGUCAGGAUCAUUAAAAAAAAAAAAAAUCUUUUUACACACUUAAAGGUGCACUAACUAACUUUUUUUUUGUAACUAACUUUUUGUUAAAAAAACAACAACUUAAAAACAGCAUAGUUAGACUUUACCUGUAAUUUGACAUGGCUUGAAUAUAGAUAUGUUUAAUGCAAUACUAUGGAACUUUCAGAGCAAAUAAAUUACAUCUCCAUGGAGACAAACAGGUGAUGGACACUCAUGUUACAUAGCAUUUUAAGGAAAAAAUAUUGAUUGAUUAAUACACUGUUUUUUAUUCUCUGCUUCAGAGCUGACAGAGACAAGUUAGCAAGUUUUUGCAGUCUAUCUGCUGAUACUUUAGUUUUAAUGGACCAGUUUUGUGUACCAAAGUUGUGAUUUUCCAAUGAGUUUUGUCCCUAACCCUAACCCUUUCCUCCAGCUCGUGACUGACUCUCCUGAUUACUCAACAGGGCUAGACUGUGUAGCACUGAUUUGACAUUACCCCUCACUCCCUCCCGUGUGACAAUCGGAAGAGAAAAUGGAGUCGUGACCUUUCUGGAACAAAACGUGUUUUGUGCUGGAGACGAUUGGCCACAUGAUCAGAACUAGCUACAACCACUUUGUGUUGUUUAUUGUUAAAGGUGCUGUGCCUGAUUUUUAGUCUUAAAAUAUGUGAAAAACGGAAACCAUUAGUUCAUUUUAAACGGUUUGCCGUGGUCUAAAGUUAUUCCUGUCUAACUGAUGCAUUCUAAGUUUCCUAAUUAUUUACUGUGAUGAGUUUAUGAGUGGUUUUCUCAACUUUCAGAGACUCAAGUAGAGUUUUGCCAUCACGGUAAUAACAACGAACAUGCUAACCAAUACUAAGAUGCGUAUAAAGUGCUAUAGUUAGAUACAAACAGUACAUUAUGGAAUAAAUUUUGACCUCAAGAGCUGCUUGUACAAUAUGUCUGUACUGGGGCAAGAAAAACUUUGCUCAAAUACACAGAAAAAAAUCAGGUACAGGCCCUAUAAUAUUCAUACAUAUAUUGUUUUAAGCUUGGGAUAAAAAAUGAUUUUAUUUUCAUAUGGGCUGUAUUUUUGCAUGAGUUUAUGCAGUGUAGAGAGAGGAAGCGUGAAGAAUUUGAAAGUUGCAGUUAUGGUACUGGUCAUAUGAUGGGUCAUAUGAUUGGGAUUGAAACUUACUGCUACCUCAUGGUCUCACUAUGCAUAGCUGAUAACAAUGUCUGUGCUUUCAGUUUGAGGUAAUGGAGUACUUUACUGAGUUGUAAAUUAUUUUUUUUUUCAAAAUUAGCUGAACUACUGAAAAUUUUUACCAAAGAAAUACAAUUUGUAAAACAUAUUUUCACAGCAGAUUUUAUUGUUGUACUGGGCUGUUUUAGUUUUGCAUAGAAUAUUUAUUAAAAAAAUAUCUGAAAACU